UCUCUCCUCCUUCCUUAUCCUUGCUUGGUCUCCGGAAUAAACCCUCGUUAAAACCCUGGCUCGAUCUUUCCUCCCUUCUUUACGUAGAAGAUUUUGUCGGUCUGUGAUCCGGAAAGAGGAUGAACUCGCUUCUGGUUACUUCGAUCGGGAGUCGUUGAAGUGAGAGGGGGGGGGGGGGGGGGUCUCUUUUUGGCUUUGACGUGGUUGAUGAUACUGCGAGUUUGCCGCCGGCCGUCUGAUCCGUGGCUUCGUGCUAUGAAUCCGACGGUCCUCGGCGCCGCGGUGAAGUUCUCCGAGAAAGUCACCACCACCAGAAAGACGGUACCGGCGGCGACGAGUGGUCGCCGGGAGAGGCUCGUGCUCAUCCACUGCACCGACGCCGACGCUACUGAUUCCUCUUCCAGCGAUGACGAGGGGCCUUCCGGGACCGCAUGUCGCCGCGUGAAGAGGCAUGUCCUGAAGAUCGGGAUCGCGGCCGACCCCUGCCGCGCGCCGCUCAAACGGCGGCCGCCCACGAGGGCGGUGGACCCCAGCUGCCGGAAGCGGUUCCGAGGCGUACGGCAGAGGCCCUGGGGCAGGUGGGCGGCGGAGAUCCGCGACCCGACGCGGCGGAAGCGGGUGUGGCUCGGUACCUUCAACACCGCGGAGGAGGCGGCCGCCGUGUACGACGACGCGGCCGUCAGGCUGAAGGGCGCCAAGGCCGUGACCAACUUCCCCGUCGUGAAGGACACGUCGGCUGGCGUCGACGGCAACGAAUCCACCUCCUCCGCCAGGGACGACGCCUCGGACAACCCGUUCCCCUCCCCGACCUCCGUCCUCCGCAACGGCGCCGACCAGACGCCGUUCGACUUCCUCGGCUACGGCGACGUCGACGCCUUCGGGUUCAGCAUCGACCCGCCGCAGUACACAGGCGAGUUCUACCUGCCGAGACGGCCGUGCGGCGAGGCGGCCGGGGACGAGUUCGCCGAGUUCGACGCGGACUUCUUCCUGUUCGAGGCUGCAGCUUCCAAUGUCUUAAAUGACAAUACUACCCUUCAACAGGGGUCUUUUCCAUUUCUUAUCCAGUUAAAACCGGAGUAUUAGUGUGUUAUACCGAGCGAGUACCGUAAGCGGCGGAAAUGUUACCAUUGCACUGUAUGUCUGUUGUGAAGAGAUAUUGUCGUUGAAAGUCGUACUGCA